UAACUAUGAGUAUUCAACAAGAAAAAAUAUUUGAGGCACCUUUAAACGUGUCUAAUUGUAUAUAUGAUUCUAAACAAACAAAUUUAUCUAAUACUUGGGCUAAUAUAAUUUCUCCAUCAUCUAUUAUGAAGUAUGAGGAGAAUAAAGAAAACUAUCCGGAAGAUAUUACAGUAAAAUUUCAAAAUUUAAUGACUGAUGAUCAGUUUGAAAACUUUGAUCCUGAAUUGUUCCUAAAUAAAUGGCAUAAUUCUUCACAGUCAAAUUGUACUGAAUCUUCAGAUGUGAAAAAAACAAAUCUGAAAUGUCAGUUAGAUCAGGAUGAAUCAACUUUAGAAUAUCUUAAUGAUAAUUUGAGGCAAAUUAAUCUCAAAUUUGAAGAAAAUUGUCAAGAAGUUCCUACAAAUCUUAAUCUUCAAUAUAAUAAUUUUAAAAAUAUUUUAGUUCCAGAAAAAUCAGAUGAAUAUUCUAAUAUUACUAAUAAUUCUGCUUUAAGUGAUGAGUUUUUAUGUAAAAGUGAUCAGAAAGUUCCUGAAGAAGUCAAAAUGUCUUUUCAAGAAAUUAAUUAUGCCAAAUUAUUAUCUCCUAAUAGCAAUAUCAUUUGUAUUCCUAAACAGAAAAAAGAAAAUAAUCAUAAUCUAGUAUAUGAAGUUCCUGAUGUGUGUACUAUUUCGCAAUGUUACCUAUUUAAGACAUUAGAUCAAAAUACUGAAAAUAAAAAUAAAUCACAAUUUACACCCUUUUCACAUGUAAAAAAUACAACUGAUAAUAAUUCAUGUGAUUAUUUAAUCCAAGAACAAGAUCCAGUACUUACUUCUGCAAAUUUUAGUAUUAAUAUGUUAAAAUUAUCUGAAUCAAGACAAACAAACUCCAUUUGGCACUCGCCCAAAAUUAAUUCCAGUCCUAAUUUUCAUUAUGCUGAUGGCCUUUGGUCUCCUUGCAAAGAUUUUUCUACUAAUGCUUUAUUUGAUGCAAUUUAACCAAACAUUUAUUAACUUAAUGUUUAGAAGAAUGGAUUAUGCAGGUACUUUGGAUGAAGCUAUCGUUUCAAAUAUUUUUUAAUAAUGAUUAAAAUAUUGGAUUUAAUAAAUAAUGAUUUUUAUUGUUAGAUAAUUUAGAAAAAAUAAUUGAGU